CCUUCUACUGUCAUGGGCGAAGACAAUGAUCUGUCUGAGAAAAGGACUCUGUGUGUUGCACAAUAUUGGCGCAGACACGAUUCAAAUGGUAACAGGAUGCCACUUCACUGGGCACUCUUUGCAAUCUCCAACGCAAAUCCCGAUUCAAUCAAAGCCAGCAGCUCUGGAAAAGAGCAUUCAGAUCAAGUAGAUCACUGGGGGACUUGUUACCAAGCAGUUGGCAACAUCGACACCCUUACCUAUUCUUGCAUUGAAGAUGAAUGCAUGGAAAUUCUUGCCGAGGGCUAUCGUGGUUGCCUGGUGGUCGGAGAGAUUGGUGUAUUUUCGGAAAAGGAGAUAGACACGUUGCUUCAACAAGUAACUGUUUAUCGAGGCAGAGAAAACUGGAAUUGUCAGAACUGGGUGCUCGCCGCUCUCGAGAGGUUUAAAGUUUCCAAUCAUAUUGGCAGCAACGUAUCACGCGAUGGCGUUCGGAACGAGCUGGAGGAUAUCCUGAACGAUUGGAUAGAAUGA